ACUUCGCACUUUCCUUGAGAUUAUUACUGUAGCAUUUCCCACAUCUGCUGCUGUAGAGGCCAGAGAGAACAGAAUCAGCCCCUAAAGCUUUGCCCAAGCUCCGGCCUCGGCCACGCGCGCAGCGUCCCCGCCGCGCAGUCACCUGAGUGGCCAGUGCCCCGCAGCGUCGCGCCCGCGCACGGGUGGCCCGCACCUUCUGAGCCAGCGGCACAGAGCCCAGGCAUCCCUGCCUUACGCCACUCCAGGACACAGGUGGGACCCUCUUCCAGUCCUCAACCCUUGGCGCGGGGCCAUCCAAGGCUGUGCAGGACGCAGGACAUUCGGGGACCGGGCGGCAGACUGGGGCGGUACCUGCAGAGGGCCACGUAACUUCUCCAGGCCUCCAGCUACUUUGGAAACUGCCUGGGGCUGCGCCAUCAACCCCUUAAGUCCCGGAGGCGGAAAGAGGGUGGGUUGGCUUGAAAGACACAAGGGAAAAAUGUGUUGUAGGGCGGGUUAAGUUUCCCACCCUCUUUCCCCUUCCGAGCAAAUUAAAAGCAAAACAAAUAGAAAAGCCAGCCUUCCAGCCAACCAAAGCCCCAAGGCGAGCCCUAGUCGGAUCACUCCUUUAAAAGGAUUUGCAGUGGUGAGGAAAAAACCAGACCCGACCGAGGAAUCGUUCUGCAAAUCCAGGUGUCUAUCUCUGAAGUAAGAUGACGUGUCAGAAAUUCUAUGUGGUUUUGUUACACUGGGAAUUUCUGUAUGUGAUAACUGCACUUAACCUGGCCUAUCCAACCUCUCCCUGGAGAUUUAAGCUGUUUUGUGCGCCACCGAGUACAACUGAUGACUCCUUUCUCUCUCCUGCUGGAGUCCCAAACAAUACUUCGUCUUUGAAGGGGGCUUCUGAAGCACUUGUUGAAGCUAAAUUUAAUUCAACUGGUAUCUACGUUUCUGAGUUAUCCAAAACCAUUUUCCACUGUUGCUUUGGGAAUGAGCAAGGUCAAAACUGCUCCGCACUCACAGGCAACACUGAAGGGAAGACGCUGGCUUCAGUGGUGAAGCCUUUAGUUUUCCGCCAACUAGGUGUAAACUGGGACAUAGAGUGCUGGAUGAAAGGGGACUUGACAUUAUUCAUCUGUCAUAUGGAACCAUUACUUAAGAACCCCUUCAAGAAUUAUGACUCUAAGGUUCACCUUUUAUAUGAUCUGCCUGAAGUUAUAGAUGAUUUGCCUCUGCCCCCACUGAAAGACAGCUUUCAGACUGUCCAGUGCAACUGCAGUGUUCAGGAAUGCGAAUGUCAUGUACCAGUACCCAGAGCCAAAGUCAACUACGCUCUUCUGAUGUAUUUAGAAAUCACAUCUGCCGGUGUGAGUUUCCAGUCACCUCUAAUGUCACUGCAGCCCAUGCUUGUUGUGAAGCCCGAUCCACCGCUGGGUUUGCGUAUGGAAGUCACAGAUGAUGGUAAUUUAAAGAUUUCAUGGGACAGCCAAACAAAAGCACCAUUUCCACUUCAAUAUCAGGUGAAAUAUUUAGAGAAUUCUACAAUCGUAAGAGAGGCUGCUGAAAUCGUCUCGGAUACAUCUCUGCUGGUAGACAGCGUGCUUCCUGGGUCUUCAUACGAGGUCCAGGUGAGGAGCAAGAGACUGGAUGGCUCAGGAGUCUGGAGUGACUGGAGUUUACCUCAACUCUUUACCACACAAGAUGUCAUGUAUUUUCCACCCAAAAUUCUGACGAGUGUUGGAUCCAAUGCUUCCUUUUGCUGCAUCUACAAAAAUGAGAACCAGACUAUCUCCUCAAAACAAAUAGUUUGGUGGAUGAAUCUAGCCGAGAAGAUCCCCGAGACACAGUACAACACUGUGAGUGACCACAUUAGCAAAGUCACUUUCUCCAACCUGAAAGCCACCAGACCUCGAGGGAAGUUUACCUAUGAUGCAGUGUACUGCUGCAAUGAGCAGGCAUGCCAUCACCGCUACGCUGAAUUAUAUGUGAUCGAUGUCAAUAUCAAUAUAUCAUGUGAAACUGACGGGUACUUAACUAAAAUGACUUGCAGAUGGUCACCCAGCACAAUCCAAUCACUAGUGGGAAGCACUGUGCAGUUGAGGUAUCACAGGCGCAGCCUGUACUGUCCCGAUAAUCCAUCUAUUCGUCCUACAUCAGAGCUCAAAAACUGCGUCUUACAGACAGAUGGCUUUUAUGAAUGUGUUUUCCAGCCAAUCUUUCUAUUAUCUGGCUAUACAAUGUGGAUCAGGAUCAACCAUUCUUUAGGUUCACUUGACUCUCCACCAACGUGUGUCCUUCCUGACUCCGUAGUAAAACCACUACCUCCAUCUAAUGUAAAAGCAGAGAUUACUAUAAACACUGGAUUAUUGAAAGUAUCUUGGGAAAAGCCAGUCUUUCCAGAGAAUAACCUUCAGUUCCAGAUUCGAUAUGGCUUAAAUGGAAAAGAAAUACAAUGGAAGACACACGAGGUAUUCGAUGCAAAAUCAAAAUCGGCCAGCCUGCCAGUGUCAGAUCUCUGUGCGGUCUAUGUGGUACAGGUUCGCUGCCGGCGGUUGGAUGGACUAGGGUAUUGGAGUAAUUGGAGCAGUCCAGCCUACACUCUUGUCAUGGAUGUAAAAGUUCCUAUGAGAGGGCCUGAAUUCUGGAGAAUAAUGGAUGGGGAUAUUACUAAAAAGGAGAGAAAUGUCACCUUGCUUUGGAAGCCACUGAUGAAAAAUGACUCACUGUGUAGUGUGAGGAGGUAUGUGGUGAAGCAUCGUACUGCCCACAAUGGGACAUGGUCACAAGAUGUGGGAAAUCAGACCAAUCUCACUUUUCUGUGGGCAGAAUCAGCACACACUGUUACAGUUCUGGCCAUCAAUUCCAUCGGUGCCUCCCUUGUGAAUUUUAACCUUACGUUCUCAUGGCCCAUGAGUAAAGUGAAUGCUGUGCAGUCACUCAGUGCUUAUCCCCUGAGCAGCAGCUGCGUCAUCCUUUCCUGGACACUGUCACCUAAUGAUUAUAGUCUGUUAUAUCUGGUUAUUGAAUGGAAGAACCUUAAUGAUGAUGAUGGAAUGAAGUGGCUUAGAAUCCCUUCGAAUGUUAACAAGUAUUAUAUCCAUGAUAAUUUUAUUCCUAUCGAGAAAUAUCAGUUUAGUCUUUACCCAGUAUUUAUGGAAGGAGUUGGAAAACCAAAGAUAAUUAAUGGUUUCACCAAAGAUGAUAUCGCCAAACAGCAAAAUGAUGCAGGGCUGUAUGUCAUUGUACCGAUAAUUAUUUCCUCUUGUGUCCUGCUGCUCGGAACACUGUUAAUUUCACACCAGAGAAUGAAAAAGUUGUUUUGGGAUGAUGUUCCAAACCCCAAGAAUUGUUCCUGGGCACAAGGACUUAAUUUCCAAAAGCCUGAAACAUUUGAGCAUCUUUUUACCAAGCAUGCAGAAUCAGUGAUAUUUGGUCCUCUUCUUCUGGAGCCUGAACCAGUUUCAGAAGAAAUCAGUGUCGAUACAGCUUGGAAAAAUAAAGAUGAGAUGGUACCAGCAGCUAUGGUCUCACUUCUUUUGACCACUCCAGAUUCCACAAGGGGUUCUAUUUGUAUCAGUGACCAGUGUAACAGUGCUAACUUCUCUGGGGCUCAGAGCACCCAGGGAACCUGUGAGGAUGAGUGUCAGAGUCAACCCUCAGUUAAAUAUGCAACGCUGGUCAGCAACGUGAAACCAGUGGAAACUGAUGAAGAGCAAGGGGCUAUACAUAGUUCUGUCAGCCAGUGCAUCGCCAGGAAACAUUCCCCGCUGAGACAGUCUUUUUCUAGCAGCUCCUGGGAGAUAGAGGCCCAGGCAUUUUUCCUUUUAUCAGAUCAUCCACCCAAUGUGAUUUCACCACAACUUUCAUUCUCAGGGUUGGAUGAGCUUUUGGAACUGGAGGGAAAUUUUCCUGAAGAAAAUCACGGGGAAAAAUCUGUGUAUUAUCUAGGAGUCUCCUCAGGAAACAAAAGAGAGAAUGAUAUGCUUUUGACUGAUGAGGCAGGGGUAUUGUGCCCAUUCCCAGCUCACUGUCUGUUCAGUGACAUCAGAAUCCUCCAGGAGAGUUGUUCACACUUUGUAGAAAAUAAUUUGAAUUUAGGGACCUCUGGUAAGAACUUUGUACCUUACAUGCCCCAGUUUCAAUCCUGUUCCACUCACAGUCAUAAGAUAAUAGAAAAUAAGAUGUGUGACUUAACUGUGUAAUCUUGUCCAAAAACUUCCAGGUUCCAUUCCAGUAGAGUGUGUCAUGUAUAAUAUGUUCUUUUAUUGUUGUGGAUGUGGGAGAAAACUACCAGAGUCUAGUUUGAAAAUUAUUGUUUCUGAAUUAAGUGUGCCUAUCUUCUUUCAGUAAUUUGGACAAAGCAUUUGAGGAAUUCUUCAUGAAUCUAGUGAUGUAGAUCCACUCCUAUUGAACACACUCCCAAGAUAUUUUUGCAGAGAGGGUCUUCUGAUUCUAGCUAAAAAUAAUUUCAGGAACUAUAGUCUAUCUAAACAUCUGACCUCUGAGGAAAGAACAAAUUUCAACAUUAUAUUGGCAGCUGAAAAAAAGGCUUCAAAUUAACAUCUCUGAGACAUAGUUGUUUCAGGGGUGUAUUUGUUUUACCUUGAAUUGUCUUGUGUUGUGCAAAUUCACUUGUGCAGUGCACAGCUAAACUGAAUAGGUAUCCUUGUAUGUUUUGGAAAUAUGUGACAUGUUUGUAGUUUGUGCCUUCUGACCAUGCUAUUUGAAAUAUCACUUUAUUAUUGGCUUUUUUAUUUACAUUUCAAAUGUUAUCCCCUUUAUCACUCCAUUAAAUGUUGAAUUUAAGGGGAGAAUUGAACUUAGGUCAAGAAGUACUCUUUUGAAGAGGAAUAGGUUAACUAAUCCUUUUACAGUUUUAUCACCAGCACUUUGCAGUAUGAACAGCUCCAAGACUUGUCAGGCUUUACCUCUCUAUUACACUGAAGUGAUGACUUCCGGACAGAUUGACACAUGUUACUCCUUACUAUUCAAGAAUCAUCAUCACUCCCAAUCUACAGUGGGAUUCACAACCACUGUACUUCACAACUUGUGUACAUUAACUUGAUUACAGCAAUAAUUGCACAAGGUACAUGCUAUAUAUUCUCACUGUAUUAUUGAUAUUAUGAAUGAGGCGAUUACAUCAUUUGCCCAAAAGUUCCAGAUUUAGUGGUUGAUGGAAGCAGAAUUCAGAUUUAACUCACAUCUUUUUAAUGGUUCUAUCAAAUUUUAAUCUAAAUAUUACAUCGCCAUCCUUAAAAACAAACCAACUGAUGCUAUCAAAGAAGACCUAAUACAAGGAAGCACAGUGAUACAUGAAUGAUUGGGACCUGGUGUUGGACUUCAAAAUGAGUUUGGGGAUGUAUUAUUCAUUUCAGUGUUUGAUAUGGCAAGCUGAUUCAAUGACAGCCUGAAAAAUAAGAAAUUCAAAACUCCCUUAUACUCAGAAGUUCAAUGGCUAGAAGAAUUCCAAUAAUAUCAGAAUCAUCAAUGUGAGUACAUCAGUGCUGAAACCUAUGCUUAUGUAUUGCCAAGCAUCAUCAGCAUUCUUACUAACCUGACACUGGCUUGCUGAUUUUACCAUUAACCUAAGUAAAUCCUGCCAUUGGCUCUCUAGUCCAAUUUUAGCUUUAUGGAUGAAGUGUUCUAUGUGAUGAGAGAGAUCCCUGACACUAGUCAGAUUUGUUUUCAGACUUCAUGUUCAUUUGAUGUUCAGAAGUCAGCAAAGCUCUCAUAUGUCCUGAGUCAGUAAGAUGUCUCACGGUCCCCACACAAGCUGACACCUGCUUUGUCAUGAGAAGGCAGUGGGCUGAAGACCACUAGUUGGUGUUCUACUUUAAGAUAUGUUUUUGUUUCUGUUGGUAUUCACUAACAAAUUAUUACAUGUUGAAGUUGACCUAUCACAUUUAAUAUUUGCUUAUUGGGUAGAGUAUCAAUUGAAGUCUGUAAAUCUCUCAGUAUAGGAGAGAUGGAAAAUUUGAAAUUGCCCCAGUCCGUGUGUAAUUGGGGAUUAACCUUUAGCAUGUCAACUGUAUAAGCAUUGGCUUGGGCUUUGGGGCCCAGAACAAUGGGCAAGACAAACCAAUGGCUAUUUUAGUCAGUUCAUGGGUACAUCUAGUAUGGGAGCUACAGUGAAUUCACAGGACAAGAGUUAUUGUUAUGCUGCAGGUUUGAGCUAGAGUAAUCUAGAGACAGCAUAUUGGUCUGAGCUCAAUGAUACUGUGCACAUGUUUGGUUCUAUUUAAAAAAAAAACAAAUCAAAAAAAAAAAAACAAAA